AUGUUGAUUGUCUCAUCGCCCGAAUAUAUUGAAAAACUGCAUACCGAGCUUUUGGAUGCGUCCACUACCCGGACGGUUCAAGCCUACUUUAUGUGGCGAUUGAUUCGAUCUUAUUCCGAUGCCUUAGCCGAAGAUAUCCGCAAGCCCGUUCAACGUUUAACUGCCAAAUUGCGCGGUACCAAUGCCAAGGUGACCAAACCACGAUGGGAGAUUUGUCUGGACGAAGUCAAUGCUUCGCUUGGAUUCAUGGCAGGCCGUUACUAUGUAUUAGACAAAUUCAGUGGCAGUUCAAAGAAACGAGCAGACGAGUUUGUGCAAUCGAUUGAAGAAGUAUUUGUGGACCGAUUACCUGAAUUGACCUGGAUCGAUAAUGUGACCCGUGCUCGAGCGGAGGAAAAGGUCGAUAAUCUCAUGCUCAAAGUGGGUUUCCCUUCGGCUUAUCCUGAUGUCAUGUCGCCCGUCUCGCUCUCUGAUUACUACUCUGAGCUCAGAAUGGAGCCGGACAGCUAUUUCAAAAACUAUCUCAAGAGCCGAACAUGGGAUAUAGUGGAGCAAUGGCGUCAAGUAGGCAAACCCCCAAACAAGUCCAAAUGGCUCAUGAAUCCUCAAGAGGUGAAUGCUUACUACAACCCAGUGUUCAAUGAGAUUGUCUUCCCGGCUGGUAUUUUGCAAAAUCCUUUCUUUGGCAAUGAAUAUCCGGAUUACCUCAACUAUGGUGGUAUUGGUGUCGUGGUGGGCCAUGAACUUACGCACGGUUUCGAUAAUUCUGGUCGCCAUUACGAUGCCGAGGGACGUUUGGUGCAGUGGUGGACGAAUGAAACAUCGAAAUCAUUUGAUGAAAAAGCGCAAUGUUUCGUUGAUCAAUACUCGAAUUUCACUGUGGAAGGCAACAACGGAAGAGUGGUGCAUGUCAACGGCAAACUCACUCUGGGCGAAAAUUUGGCUGAUAACGGAGGCUUGGGUGAAGCUUACUUGGCAUGGAAGCAACGUUAUGACAGCGACCGUCAAAGCAAAAAAUAUAACAAUGCACGUUUGCCCGGAUUGGACAACUUGACUCCUGAACAGUUGUUCUUUGUUAAUUUCGGUCGCAUUUGGUGCAGUAAAUCAACCAAAGAACAAGCUGUGCAAAGCGCGCUCACCGACGAGCAUUCUCCACCCAAAUGGCGUGUCAAUGGCGCUGUGCAGAAUUCCAAACAUUUCGCUAAUGUGUUUCAAUGUCCGGUUGGAACAGCUAUGAAUCCUGCCAAGAAGUGCGAGUUGUGGUAA